UACUUCUACUUCCAACCAUCAGCUGAAAAUCAUGAAUCACAAUUUCAAAACAAUGUGUAAAUGCCUAUUUUUAUAGGAUACUAAUGUAAUUUUAAAAUUCGCUGACGUAUUUUUAAUUUUUAUUUUCGUAGGAAAUAUAUAUAUUUAUAUUUUAUUCUAAAAUGCAUGAGGCCUAUGAUGUUAUUCCAAUAGUCCAAAAAUUGCCUCCUGGACUUUCGAUUGAAACUAUAUCUGCCUAUGAUGAUUACUUGUUGGUUGGUACUAAAUCUGGCACUUUACUUUUAUAUCAGUUGGUUCCAUCUACCAAGCCUGGACCCAAGCCAGGCUCUUUUCAGUAUGAAGUAAAGUUGCUGAGAUCAAAUAAAGCUUUCUCAAAGAAAUCAAUUACACAGCUUCAAGUGAUUCCUGAUUUUCAAAUGCUAAUAUGUCUUGCAGAUUCUAUAGUUACAGCUUUUGACCUAAGCCAAUUCAGCCUACAACCUAUUGUAACACUUCCCAAGACAAAAGGUGCACAUUAUUUUACUGUUAGUGUUCAGAAACAUAAAACCCUUACUGGUGAAGUCAAGCUUUCUUUUAGGUUGUGUGUUGCUGUUAAGAAAAAAUUGCAGUUGUAUUACUGGAAACCUAAGGAUUUAAAAUUUCUUGAGUUCAGUCAAGAUUUAAGCUUAAGAGAUGUGCCUAGAACUAUUGUUUGGUGUGGUGAAUCUUUAUGCAUUGGAUAUAAAGCAGAAUAUUCAUUAAUGAAGGUUACUGGAGAUCCCAAAGAUCUUUUCCCAACUGGUGGAAAACAGCAGGAACCUUUAGUAGCUCUUCUGCCUAAUAAUCAACUUGCAGUAGGAAGUGAUGAGCAAACUAUUUUAAUUGAUUCUGAAGGAAACCCUACAAUGAAAUAUUCUAUUAAAUGGUCUGAAGUCCCUAUAGCCUUGGUUCAUGAUUCACCUUAUCUGAUAGCUGUGUUGCCAAAUUCAGUGGAAAUUCGUCCUAUUGAGCCAAGAAUACAUGUUCAAAGUAUUGAUCUACAAAAAGCAAAGACCAUUGUCACCAGCAAGCAUGGCUGGGUGUUUGUAGCUUCAAACUCUGAUGUAUGGUUGUUGCAUGCCGUGAGCUUCCCUGAACAAAUUUCUCAACUAUUGGCACAAAAGCAAUUUGAGUUAGCUUUGCGCAUGGCUGAUAUGACAAAUGAAUCCGAAUUGGAAAAACAGCAAGUAAUACAACGAAUUGAAAAUUUGAAUGCAUUUUACUUAUUUUGCAAGCAGAAUUUUAAAGAUGCAAUGGAUCUGUUUUUGAAGCUUGAAACAGAUCCUUCUCAUGUUAUUGGAUUGUUCCCAAAUUUGCUACCUGAUGAAUUUCGAAGCAGUCUCGAGUAUCCUGACAGACUCCCAAAUCUUCAGGGAACAGAAUUAGAAAAUGGACUGUUAGCUUUGACUGAUUAUUUGAUUGAAGUUAGACAUCGAUUGAAAUCGGACAACACUGGUAAUAUUCCAUCCAUGACUGCUAUAAUGGAAGCUGGUAAGACAAAAAUUCGUUCUAAAAAACAGCUACUACAAAUAAUUGAUACUACACUGUUAAAGUGUUAUCUUCAGACAAAUGAUGCUCUUGUAGCAUCAUUACUAAGGGUGAAAGAUAAUUACUGUCAUAUUGAUGAAUCUGAAAGGGCCUUAAAGCAACAUCAGAAAUACAGUGAACUUAUUAUAUUGUACAACAAAAAAGGAAUGCAUAGAAAAGCACUGGAACUUUUAAUGCGUCAAGCUAAAAAAUCUGAUUCUCCAUUAAAAGGGCAUGAAAGGACUAUUUCAUAUUUACAGCAUCUAGGUGUUGAGCAUUUAGACUUGAUUUUCGAGUUUGCCAAAUGGGUGUUGAAGGAACAUCCUGAAGAUGGACUGAAGAUAUUUGCUGAAGAUUUGGCUGAAACAGAACAUUUGCCACGACAACAAGUAUUAACUUAUUUAUCUGAGACUGAACCAGAUUUAGUAAUACCUUAUUUGGAGUUUAUUAUACAUAAAUGGGAUGAUGAAACUCCUAAUUUCCACAACACUCUAGUCAACAAAUAUUGUGAAAAAAUUCUAUUUUUGCUAACAGAUUAUAGACAUUCAUUACCAGAAGGUCAUCCACCUGCUCCUGCCGGGCAAGAACCUGGUGAGCUAGGAGAAUUAAGAACAAAACUUUUAAAUUUCCUAGAAAACUCUAAAUUCUAUACAGUUGAACGCUUUGCUACUUACAUGAUGAAUAAAGGUUUAUAUGAUGAAGGAGCUAUUGUUUUGGGUAGAUUGGGAAGACAUGAAGAUGCAUUGACUAUUUAUAUUCAUAUCUUACAAAAUUAUGCCAAAGCUGAGAAUUAUUGUAGAAAAAAUUAUUGCAAAGAUAAACCAGGAAAUCAAGAUGUAUACCUUACAUUAUUGAAACUGUAUUUACCAUCACCUGAAAAUCAGAAAGUGAAUAUUCCUGUAAUUGGUUACAUUCCACCUCCUGAACCAGACAUAGAAAGGGCUAUCAAUAUUUUAAAGCAAUAUGCUGAUGAAAUUGAUUCUUUUAAGGCUCUCAGUCUUUUACCUUCAGUUAUUCCUGUAAGCGCAGUAAAAGAUUUCUUAGAAUGUGUACUUCAUAAUAUACAAGCCAGAAAAUAUGAUGUACAAUUGAGAAAAUCCCUCCUCUACGCUGAGCAUUUACAGGUUCAAGCUAAAAGUAUCCAUUUUCAUUCUUAUAAAUUGAUUGUAACCGAUUUGGACAUGUGUAGAGUGUGUCAAAAACGAAUUGGAAAAAGUGCCUUUGCUCACUUCCCUACUGGUGUUACAGUCCAUUAUUCUUGCAAAGACCAGUAUGCGUUAGAAGCGUAAGACAAAUAAAAUAUGAACUUUUUAAUUUUUACUUUGUAAAUUUUGAAUUGAUUUGCUUGUAUAUAUUGUGCAAAAUGUAUAGAAAUUAAAAUAUGAAAUAAUUUUAUAAUAA